CAGCAAUAACAGAGAGACAGGAAGAAAAGCAUCGACUGUCUUGUCAUCGUCGAAGGGGCUGUCGUCUGACAAGAAGACGGCGGUCAAGAGUAGUAGUGAGCCUGCUGCUGUGGAACCGGGUGUGGUGUUUCCGUGCCAGUCAGCUGCCGGACCUUCACGACUGAGAGGUGUACUGCUAUCUAUGGUUGGACCUUGUGGUGCAACAUCUACGAGGUCCAGAAGUGACUCAGAAUGUUCCGAUCCUGUGUCCGAAGUUGACUGGGAAGAAAUGACAAUGAGUAAAUACCACUCUGAAGUGACCAGUCCAGAUGGAAGUAGUGCUGAAGAUGAAGAGGAUGAGGACUACGAUAGGGAAGGAAUCAUUAGCGGUAAACCUCUCCGUAGAAAACACCGACCGAGAUUUCUCAAUAUUAGCCGUUCUCUUAGUGUGACAUCUUCUGAUGAUGAGGUGGAUGAGAAGAGCUACAAAUUAGCUCAGUUAGAACAUGUUAAACAUGUGUCUGCCAGUGAAAAGUCUUCUGAAAAGAUCAACAGCAAUAAUAAAAGUGAUUCAGACGGUAGUCUGAAAGAGGGGAGGGGAUCGGAUGGUAUAGCAUACCAUGCCGAGUCUGUGAAAGGUCAACUGGUGCAAGAACAACAACAUCAGCAGUCUAUGGACUUUUUAAGUGAUGGAAAAGCUGUCCGCAGUCCCAGUCCACCCAGAAGUCCGAGCUGGCGAGAAGGUCUUGACAGUCCCCCCUUUUCCCCACGUAGAAGGGAUUCAUAUCCGGCUAAGAAACGCGGACAUAUUUCCCCUUUAUCACCAAAAGAUAAAAAAUUCCAGUUUUCAUAUGUCGACACAUCUCCGACAAAACGCCAUCUAUCUACUGAAGACUUAUAUGACAGCAACCACCAAAGUGAGAUUUCACCUUCAAGAUCUCCACUUACUCCUGAAGAACUGAAGAAAGCAUUUGGUGCUGUAUGUGGCCAGAGCACACAGAAAGAAAGCUCUAGCUCUGAUAGUUCCAGAAAGUCAACACCAUCUUCAGUAUUGUCCAUACCACAUCAUCGUGAUACUAAUACAAAAGACCAAAAGCCAUUUGCCUUAGGUAUGGACACCGAAGUCAUUGAUUUAGCAACUUAUGCGGCAACCAUUGCCAGCAACACAGCUAGCUUAACGUCCCUUAGUGCAUCCCCGACUAACCUCCCAACGUCCACAAUAGAAGGACCUGACAGCAUUUCUCCUGAAUCGAUUACGAGCACUGACAGUACGUCCCCUAUAUCUCCCAAUUACUACGAUGGUUCCCAGUCUGAAGAGGGAGACGUAGAACUAGCAGACCCUUCAACAAAAUCUAUUGAUUAUCAAGGUACUAAGAGGCAAAAACAAAGGCCACCGUCAUCUGAUUGGUCUCCAGUUAUUGAUCUGUCACCAAUCAUUGAUGUCUCGCCUUCAGUCGAGGAGGCAGAGCAACAAGAAAUGUUGGCGCAGCAGCGGGAAGUUCUUCGUAAAAGAGAAUCGGAUGCUGCUUCUGAGUCAGAAGAGGAGGAUGGAGAAAAUUCCAGUCCAGAAAAGAAAAACUUAGACAAUUAUGAAAUUCCUUGCUUAAAACGGUACAUGAACUUCGAAGAUAUCAGUAAAAUAUGUGAAGGAAAGAUUCCAGAUGAGAAGAAGAUUGAACGAAUAAGCGACAUGUUGAGUGAUUUCCAAAAAAUCAAUCGUAAUAUUGAUAUAUUAACUUAUCCAAUUCUGAGAUCGAAUGGUGAUAAGGAAAAUAUUAUAACAACAACAAGUUCUGCAUCAAACCCUAGAUCGGGGACGAGUGACGUUGUCACAACCCUUCCCAUUGCAAGACCACCAUCAGCUACAUACACAAUGGCACCUAUCUCAACGUCAGUGACAACAUCCCCUGUUACUAUGACAACUGUUUCUGUAUCAGAGGAAGAAAACGAUCGGAUUAUUCACCCAUUACCAUCGAGAGGGAUGCGGCCAACCAUAUCUACGUCAUCUUUGUCAGAGCUUAUGGAUUCUGGUGGCGAGGAAUCUGAAUUAAUGACUGCAUGGAACUUGGCUCAGUCUAAUGUCACGUCAAAGACAUUACCAUCUCUGCAGACAUCCACAUCAGUUGUUACUGCAACGUCCUUAGCCAUGUCUGCUACUGUUGUCACAAGUGCUGGCUCCAGCUGCAGCGUGUCGAGAGCAGAACAAGGUGAUCGGUCAGCAACCACGAAACCAAUGAAACCAGCUAUUGCCCCGAAACCGACAGUAGCAGCCAAAAACAUGCCUGCAGGUAAAGCAGCAGAGGUGAAACCUGCUGCUAAACCGGCACCAACUGAUAACAAGCCGGAACCACCACCUCGUGUUAGGCGGAAAUUACCCGAACCAACACCUGAAAUCUUGGCCACUCAAAAACCACCGAAACCUCCUAAACCAGCACGUACACCGUCGACUUGCGUGUCGACAACACCCACCACACGAACUGCUCCUGUAAACGUCGUCCCAGGGCAGCCCACGAGGCCAUUGCCUCCCCCUCCAGCCGGUAGCAAGUCUGUCAAGCUGUUAACCGAAGCAUUUGAAGUGAAAACGGCUGCUCAAGCACCUCCGGAGAUCAAACCCAAGCCAGCACCUGCUGCUGUCGCUGCUGCCACUGCUGCUGCAGUACCUGUCACUACUACCACCACUACUGCAGUAGCAGCAGCUGCUUCUACUACUACAACUACCACAACUACUACUACUACUACUAUUAGGACUACAACUACUGCUGCUACUGAACCCAAACCGCCAAGUCCAGCUGUGGAACCUAAACCAGCUAAAGCGCACCCUAUAAAAGCAGAGCCUGAAAAGAAGAAGGCGAAGGAUAUAAAACCGAAACUGAGGUCCCAACAGAAGCAUGGAGAGCAGUCUUAUUCCCCCUCCCAGUUAAAAGUAUUGGACUCUCCUGUAACACCCCCAGAGCCUUCUGUAUCUGUUCUGAAACGCGAAUACUCUGACAGUACAUCUGUCUCUCCCUCUUCCUCUCCUGAUCAUGAGCUUGACGCUUACCCUUCUCCGGGGACCCCACCAGAUUCUGAUACAUCUCCGCCAAAAGCGUUGUCCCCAUCAUCUCCCAAAGGGAGUACUGCAACAACAAGAACUGUGAAGCCCAUAAGUUCCCAGCCAGCUACUGAUCCGAAGAAACUCCGACCUGUCUCUACUCCCAGAACAACUGUGCCUGACUCACAGAAGGCCAAAGAUGGCAACAAGAAAAUACGAAGGAAACUUCCUGCCAUCCCAGCAGAUGAAGAACCAGUAACUGCACCGAGGGCCCUUGGUGUUAAGAAGGGUCCUUUAUUCAACACACCACCAGCUCCAAGUCGUAAGGCUCCAACACUCAAGACUGGAAAGCCCGCUACCAACAUUGAUCCUGCACUCAGAGCAGAUGAGAGUAUUCGUGAGAGUAUUUAUGCAACUCCGGUGACCCAAUUAACAAGUAUGGAUACAUCAAUGUCAGCACAACCAAAUGGACGCAGUAGCAACCCAAACGUUGGUCACAAACAGAAAUUAGGGCCAAUUACUUCAAAAGGUGGCAGUACUCGGAAUGGGAAACCAACAGAAAGUGGUGCAACCGGUAAAAUUGCCGCUUCAUCUCAUGCAAAACAAGGUUACGUACCUGACCAACCACCAAGGAGUGAUGCUGAGGAGAUAAACAUUUUGUUCAGUGAGAGGAAAAUGAUGAAUCCCGAAGACAAUAUCAGACAGUAUAGAUCUGCAAGCUUUUCUGAAUAUCAGAGGCUGACUUCAAAACGGUCGGAACUGCAUGGAGCCAGCACAACUCUGUUGCAUGAGGAAUUCUCACAAGACGAGAAUGACCAAAUCAUAGAUUCAUUGGUCAGCAUUUAUGGAAUUCCAAUUAGUACUGCAAUGAAGUCAUUAAAAAGAAGACUUCAAGAUGAGUUGCGAAAAGUUACGGAGAGUCGGAGGCGUAAGAUAGAAGAACUUGAGGAAAUCCACGCACUUGAGCAACAAAUCGAAGAAUUAAAACUGGAAUCAAAAUCGGAUUCUAAAGCUGCUUCAUUUCUUCCAAAUGGUCACAAGUCUCGAUCCCUUCCAAGAAAUGGCCGUGGCUUGGUGACGUCAUCUUCAUUCGAUAAAUCUACUGCAGUGCGUUCUUCUCCACAAAUCAUACCCAGACGUUCACGUCAUCGGCGACAGGCAUCAGAUCCAAUGAUAGCAAAGUUUUCUCCUAUCAAGGAAGACAAAGACAUUGAAGCUGAUUUUCAAGCUAAAGCUAGUGAGGCUUACGAUGGUAAGUUCUCAAAGUAUUCCACCGAUGACAGUUCCCAGUCAGGACUCAGUGAUACGGAAAGCACUCGAUCCGAGCCGACUGGAGAAUCUUUGAACUCUGCCUACAAGAAGAUCAAGCCUUCAGCUUACGCCAAAAUGUUUUACACUGGUCGAGCCCAGUCCACUGAACGAAUUCACUCUUCAGACAGUGCACAGUACUUGUCAUCCUCUGCUCCUUUGUCAAGCAGCCAAUCAGAGUCGUUCCUUUCUGAAGGCUAUGCUGGACAUUCGAGAACACCCACUUACUUCUCAGAUGAUGAAGAGAAGCGAACUAAGGAGGAAAAAAGACAGAUAUUACAGUAUGAAAUAGAAAAGAGAAAGAAACAGCUUGAAGAGACUGCACGCUUGCAGCACGAACUUAUUCGACUUUCUCGUGCUCGACAAGCUGUGGCCCACAGCUAUGAUGAUAUCCCCAGACGUUAUGCCUAUUCCACUAGUCCCAGACAUGUACCGACUGGCAUCAUUAAGCCCUUGGAUGACGAACUACCCUAUCAAUUAGAACGCUACGUACAGAGCAGUCACGACAUACAUAAAUCCGAUAGUAUGGACGCUAAACGAGCCCAGGAACUCGCUCAAGCUCAAGCUAACUACAGCUCCACCGAAUAUCUAGCUCACAAACAAGAGCUUGCUCGGCGCCAGUUGUAUGACGAUUACUCCACUUAUGGUUCGUACCCACCUUACGAUGCAGGCUUAGGACAAUCUCAGGUUUACCCUUCAUCUCCAAACCUGAUGAACCGCAGUGACUCUGGUCCUGUUAUCAUUCAAUCAAUGCCCCCCACUUUACCGUCAUCUGGAAUCUCUGGUAGUGUCACUCUACCAGAAAUCAACAGGUCAGACAUGGAUAUUAUGCCUUCCAGAGACCUACAUCAACAUCAGUUCUCCUCAGAUACAGAUAACAGCCCAGCAAGUGAUUACACACCUGCUAUGCCGCUGUUGGAUGAUAUCACCACCAGAUCACGUAAGAUCCUACAUGAUAUUGGUAACCGACCCCUGUCUGCUGAGUUUAACUUGCCUGGAGGUGUUGAUGAUUUAAUGAAUGCCAUGUACCGAGUGGAAAGUGACAAUAGUGUCGAUGCUGAUGAACCAAUCAUGAAACAUAUGACAGAAGGAGGUGUCACCAUUUUGAAACAGCUGGAACGGAAGAAACAGCCAGCACCAACACAACCUAAACGGUACCCAUUCAUCACAAAAAGAAUCUUACUUACAAGAGAUCCAAAGGACAAGUCAAUCAAAGGUGGCCACAGAGAUCCAAAAGAUCUAUCAAUGAAAGGAAAUGGAAUUGGGAUGAAAAUUGUUGGAGGUAAACAGCAAGGACCUGACGAAGAGAUGGUGGCAUAUGUAGCAGCCAUUUAUCCUGGAGGUAUUGCAGAACAGCUACAUGGAGAGCUGGAAGAAGGAGAUCAAAUUUUAGAAUGGAAUGGUAUUGAAUUAACUGGUAAAACUUAUGAAGAAGUUCAACAAACAAUCUCACAUCCAAAUGGUGAGAUCGAGCUGGUUGUCCGGCCAGGCACCAAAUUAUGUCCAAAAGACGGAGAAGGUGGAAACCUUCAAGAUGGAAGUUGUCAUUCGUCUUACGAUAACCUGGAAUAUAUCAGCGACGAUGAUGAUGAUGAAUAUGAUCGUUGCAUGGAAGCCAACCAACACGGCGUAGAUCCUGAACAGCUAGCAGCACAGUUAGAAGGAAUCCGGGAUCCAGCUCACACAUCCCCAGGGGAUUCACCUUCCAGUUCUUCACACCAGGACUACUUUCUCACCCCAAGCAUGUCUACCUCUGCUUGUAGCACACCGCACUCUGAUCUAACCAUUUCCACUUCGUCAGAUCGACAAAGACACGUCAUAGACAAGACCUUGAUUCAACAAGACAGUAACAUGGGAGAACUCAUGUUACAGCUCAGUUUUGAUGAAUACGAGAAUAGCCUGAAUGUUUUAGUUAUUCAAGCCAGAAAUCUGCUACGCGGGGACUUCUCGGGUCUUUCUGACCCCUUCGUUAAGGUCUACCUUUUACCGGGUCGAAGUCCUGAUCACAAACGCCGUACCAGAUACGUCAGUUGCACCCUUAACCCUGAAUGGCAUCAAAAUCUAGUCUUCCAGAAUCUCAGUCGAGAUGAUCUCAAAACCAAAAUCUUGGAAAUCACAGUGUGGGAUUACGACCGGUUCAAACCCAAUGAUUUCCUUGGUCAAGUUGUCAUAGACCUAAAAGAUGAUUGCUUCAUCGAUAGCCAGUCUCACUGGUACCGUCUGUGUCAACAAAAUGACGCCCUAGCCAGUACAGAUCUACCAAAACCUACAGUUGGACCUCAUUAUUUUCGCCCCAUGACCAUCACCGACAGUCAAAUGUCCCACCACAGGAUUGGUGAAUACCCAACAGCUCCACGCCGAUAUCAUACUCAAGCUCGUUCCCAACACACCACUCAGAUGCAAGAAUCAGCAAUGGAACCUGAAGUUAAACGUAGAAAAUCUAUUGGUACCAUAGCAGAAGAUCGUCUCCAACCUGACAAGAUGGCCGAGACCUCAUCAUCAAGAUCUUCUCCAAUUCCUCAGUCCAUCCCACGCGACACCCAAACGUCUUUGAUAAACCAAAAUAGAAAUCCUCAAUGCAACAUCUCCACCAGUUCGCUGCAUCAGUCAGCAACCAUUCUACGUAAGAAAGCGUUACAGUCUGUGGGAGGCAGCAUCACCAGCGAUUCUUCACCAGAACCGACUUAAUCCCAAAAGUUCCAUUCCAUGGUAUCUAACAACUGAUUCCUACCAUUGUACCAUUCACAUGUGUGAGGUCUGUCCACUGGACACAGAUGACAGACACAGUUUAGGGACUUUUCAUUACAGAGGGUGUGACAGCGUGAAGUAAAUCUGGAGCCAAUAUUUCUAACGAAGCACAAUUACUGUGAAUUGUUUACCGAGCGGCAGAAAAAGAAAUAAACAAACAAUAAAAAAAAGCAACAACUGUAGAUCAUCGAGGAAUUGACCCCUAAAAGAUUCUGAAAUCCCUUAAAAUAACUUUAUGAUUCAAACGUUAAAGAACUUUUAUUAUUUUUGUGGGAUUCCUUUUUUGGUGUUUGCUGAGUCCUAGUGUGACUAAAAGACCUCAGUGAAAACCAAUCUGGGACCGAAACGAAUUCCUUGAGGAAUACUGGAACUUUGGAAUCCCCUGAAAGCAGAAAAAAAA